AAAACCACUCAGCGACCUUGGGCUCCAUCGCGGUCUCAUUACUUGCAUACUAUUCAACCAGCACUUGGUGAUCCAAAACGCGGCUCUCCCGUACUGAUGGCUACAACACCGAAGAAAGACUUCUUGCAAAAUGACUAUGCAACACAGGAAAUUCUGCAAAAAAUCCUCACGACCUUGGAGGACUCGAAUAUAACGGAGAAAGGGAACAAGGACACAUAUAACAGGUUCUGGGCGUCUUAUAAUCAGGCUGCAACAGAGUACGACGGCGAGUUUCUAGAGCGGAACAGCAGCGACAUGGACAUCGUACUCCUUUCUUCUGGUCUCUUCGCCGCUAUCAAUACCGCCUUUAUUGUUGCCAUGCAACCCAACACCACGACCCCCUUAUUGUGGCAGCUCGUUCAGAACACAUCAUCGAAUACCACCAUCUCACCUCUCGCUGCCUCAGCAGCAAACCCGCCAAAUACUAUUUGGUUUCAGACCUUUGCAUAUGCUGCAUUGUCGCUCGACCUUCUGGCUGCUUUCGGGGCUGUCCUCGGCAAACAGUGGCUCAGCCAUUACAAAUCGACUGCUCGUGGAAAGGACAGACAAGAAAAGUUAGACGGUUUGGAAGCAUGGCACUUCCACGCUGUGCUGCUAUCAUUUCUCAUGUUACUGCAAAUCUCGUUCUUUAUCUUUGGAAUUGCUCUCUCAGCCUUCGUAUGGAAUCAGCAAGGAGCUACAGCAAUCGCUGUUAUCGUGGUGAUGGCGUUCGGCUUGUUCUUUUGCUUAUUCAUUAUCGUCGCCUCCUUGAAAUUCCCGCAAUGUCCCUUUCAAACUUUUAUUUCAGCAUUCCUUCGCUUCAUUGGGGGGCACCUCCCAGCCCAAGUCACGGCGGGCUGGAAAGGGAGCAAGGAGAUGUGUUCGUCACACGACCCUAGAGAGCUCAAGGAGAGUCGGGAGAUAGCCUCUGCGGUACGAUCGAUGAGGUGGAUAUUCAACACUUCCACAAAUCCAGAGGUGAUCAGUUCGGCUGCUUGGCUGCUGCCGACCAUCAGAUGGGCCCCUAAGGUGAACAUGACAGCUGCAUGCUUACAAUUGCAGUCUACUUUUGCGGCAUGCUUUCAUGAUAAUGCCCUGCUCAGUAAUUCGGCACGCCGAAGAGCUCUUGCGUGCGGGAGAGCCUUGCACUAUCUCGUAUGCAAUAAAACUAUCGAGACCAUCAUUUCCUCGGAUUUAAUGCGCUUUGAUGAUUGGACUGAUUGGCGUCACCUCAGUCUUCCCUGGGGACUUGAGAGGUGUAAAGAAUUUUUUUCGCCAGUAUGCCACCACUUUCGAUGAAGAGCAUGAAGAUAAAGCACGUGAUUCCUUGCGCCUGGCCAUCGUGACUGGCUGCCCAGGAUUUUUGCAGCCAACCGAUACUGCAUUGAUCUGGGAUGGUGUUUUCGACUGGAAGGAGGACUCGCGUACCACAGACGACUUUGAUUGGCUCGUGGACUUCCUGGUACACUUCCGGAAGUCCGAAACGAGGGACUUCGAUGCCAUGGGAGAUGCACUGCUCGUAUUGAGUGCCAUGCGGGGUUUGGGAGGUUACACCAGACGAGACAAUUACCUUGACGCCAUGCUGCCCUUCGAGCUGUAUUCGAUGCUCGUUUUGAACUA